AUGGGCGCGAUGAGACAGCUUGGCGGAGAACUUGCGGAUGUUGACGCGCGCCUUGAAGCCGAGGGUCUCCGGCUGAAGGAGGAGUGGCAUCAACUGAAGGUAUCCAUCAACUUCGGGCGCCUCCAGCGUGAGCAGGCCAAUGCGGCGGCCGAGGCAUCCCUGGCGGCCUCGCAUGAGGCCAGCGCCCAAGCUUUGGAGGAGGCCAGGGAGGCCGAUCGUCGCCGCGCGAUCGCUGAGGAGCGCAGGCAGGAGCUCUUAGCCUUGAACGCCUCCUUGGAGCAGCAGGUGGAGGCGCGCAGGGCCGCCCUUGCAUCGAUGAAGGGAACGCCUGCCGAGGAAGAAGAGAUCCGGAAGCACGAGAAGGCGCUGGCGCUGGAAGCCAUAGAGCGCAGCCUUGAGCUUGAGAGGUUGGAGACGAGGGAGCACCGAGUUGCCCAGGCGGAGGAUGCUGCUAACGCGCGCGAGGCGAGGAUCAAGAAGGAGGUCGACGACAGGGUGGUGGAGGCUCGUGAGCUUGUGGGAGCUGGAGUUGACGCCCGGAGCUCCGUCUUGAGGUCGAGGCUGGCGGAAGCUGAGCAGCGCGAGAAAGCCGCCGCCGCCGCCCUGGUCACCGUGCAGGCCGAACUGGCCUCUGCCCGUGCUGAGCUGCUCCUCCUCCAGCAGCGGGUUACCACAGCCGAGUCCCUCGCAUAG